AUGGCUUCCUCACAGAAAGUGACUGGCUCUGUCCAGCCACGAUCGAAGCGCAUUGUCUUCUUCCACCCAGACCUCGGGAUUGGUGGUGCUGAAAGGUUGAUUGUCGAUGCCGCAGUUGGUCUACAAGAGCAGGGAAACAAAGUCACAAUCUUCACAUCACAUUGCGACCCUAACCACUGCUUUGAGGAGGCACGAGAUGGCACCCUCGACGUUCGAGUCCGCGGCGACACCCUCUUUCCUCCUUCUUUCCUGAAUCGCUUUCACAUCCUGCUCGCGACCCUGCGCCAGCUUCAUCUGGUCCUGUCGAUCGCAAUAUGGAGUAAUGAAUUGAGCACACUUCAACCCGAUAUCUUCGUGGUCGACCAGCUCUCUGCCUGCGUUCCAUUGCUGAGAUGGCUAUACCCCCAUCGCCAACGGACCCUGUUCUAUUGCCAUUUCCCAGAUCAGCUGCUCACGGAUCGCCGAGGUUCUGGCCUGCUCGGGCUUGCAAAAGCAAUCUACAGAUUUCCUUUUGACUGGUUCGAAGGCUGGAGCAUGAGUGCAAGCGAUCGGAUAGUCGUCAACUCCGAGUUCACGAAAUCCGUCGCCUCCAGAGUCUGGCCAUCCUUGGCAAAAUCACUGGGUGUCAUAUAUCCCUGCGUCAAUGAUGGAGACAACGGGGCCAGGAAAGAUAUGGAGUCACUGUGGGGCGGUCAAUUCAAGCUGCUGCUCAGCAUAAAUCGAUAUGAACGGAAAAAAGACAUUGGCUUGGCCAUUCGAGCGUAUCAAGAUCUCUCUCCUGCAGCCCGUCGAGGUACCCGCCUGAUCAUAGCCGGGGGCUACGACCAAAGGGUCACUGAAAAUGUGGAAUACCAUAAAGAGCUUGUGGACUUGGCCGAAGGGCUGGGUUUAACCACAGCAACUGCUAAAACAGUACCAACAGCUUUGGGAAUUCCAAGCAGCAUACAAGUCUUGUUCUUGUUGUCUGUGCCGGGGUUCUUCAAGGAGACUCUCCUGGAAAACGCUCGGCUCUUGUUGUACACCCCUCGGAACGAGCACUUUGGGAUCGUACCGGUGGAAGCGAUGCAGCACGGUCUACCUGUUCUGGCGUCAAAUACCGGUGGACCAUUGGAAACCAUUGUCGAAAAUGAGACAGGUUGGUUGCGUGACUCUGCGAAGGUAGAGCAAUGGACUGCCGUGAUCAACAAAGUCCUGCAUGAACUUGACACGGACGAACUCAAGAGGAUGGGUCAGAGCGGGCGACAACGGGUCCGUGAGCACUUUACCAGGAGUCGAAUGGCGGGCAAGUUCAAUGAUGAGAUGACCAAGAUGCUGAAAAACAAGCGCAGCACUUUUCUAGAGAGGAAAGAUAUUGUCCUUGCUAUUUGGCUCACGGCAGCUUUCGCAGCAGCAUUGCUAGCCACUGUCAUCAAAGCGAAGUACGGACGAGGGGACAGGAGGGCAAGUGAAUUCGCCCGCGCCAGGAGAAUGAAUCCGGAGACCGACCCCCAGCUAAAGUUGUUUGCCGGCGCAGGGCAGUAG